UGGAUCCGUGGCAAGGACGCGGCGAGAGUGCGCCACCACAAUAACACGACAGAGGAGAAAAACCCACAACAAUCAAAACAAACAACAAAAUACCGAAUCGUCGACGGCGCAGCGUCCGGUGUCCGAGCUGCUGACGGAAGGGGACACAACGGACUCUGAACUUGGUAAUCUGAUAUUCCAAGGCCUGACAACGCAGCAGUCUGUCUCUCUGUACAUCUGGAAAUAUUUAUCCUCUGGUUCGUGUUUCUCCAGCGUCCUCUGCCCUGUAUUUCGUUUGGAUCAAUGGUGUCUGUCAGCAGCAGAACGCCCAGUUUGGAGACUGGCCUGUUCCGGGACAGCAGCCUGUUCACCCUCAGCCUGGAUGAGGGAGUCUGCAGUGAGGGUGGAAGUUCAGCCUUCUGUGACAGCCCUGAAGCAGAGGAGCUGGGGCCUGGGAACAGCUCCAGCCCUGUAGAGGAAGACGAGGAGGAGGAAGAAGAUGAGGAGCAUAAUGAUGAAACUGUGCAGUUGCACAUUUUUCAUGGACCAGAGAGAGAAAAGGAAAGUCAACCUCCAAGUGAGGAUUCCACGCUGCCUGAAUUCUCUUUCCAUCUACCGUCACCUUUCUCCCCAACCCUGGAUGACAUUGAGGAAUUCCUCAGAGAAAAGAUGGAAUUGGUGAGAGAGGGGCUAUUGGCCCCCAAAGUAGAUGCCACACUUCCAUCGUGUGUCUCCAGUGCACCGCCAACCUCACACCUGGAGACUUGCAAUGACCAAGGCACUUGUGCCUCUGUAUGUACCCCAAGGCCAGAAACCUCCCAGAAUGAACAAAACGGUCCCAUCACUGCUGAACCAUCUGCUGCGACGACCCUGGAAAAACCUUCAUCUUCCUUAACCCCUCCAGUGCUCUUUGGUGCGCCAUUGCUUCUGCAGAUACAGGCACUUCCUCUACCCCAGCCUCCAACCUUGGCAGGCUCUUCUCCUGGAGCCCCCCGUAGUGUUUUUCUCACUCAUGUGGUCAUGGGGCUCCACGGUGCUACAGGACAAAAUGUCACCAUAGUGGCUCCACAAGUGCCCUCUGUCCCCACCACACUGGUCUCAAUAAAUGGUGGAGAUGGAAAGUCAGCUGACCAUAAAUACGUGAAAAUCGCCCCUCUACCCAUCACCAUGAGGACUCUAGAGAUUACAGGGGUUGGAGACCACAGCAGUGGCUUGUUGAAAGCCAUUUCUCCACGGCUGACCAGAGUGCCCCCAACAGAGACUCAGAGGGUCCAUAAGUGUUCCCAUCCAGGUUGUGGGAAGAUGUACACCAAAAGCAGCCAUCUGAAAGCACACUUUCGGCGACAUACAGGAGAAAAACCCUACAUGUGUAGCUGGCCUGAAUGUGGCUGGAGGUUCUCCCGGUCUGAUGAACUGUCACGUCACCGGCGUUCUCACUCAGGCAUCAAGCCUUAUGAGUGUUCACUGUGCGAGAAGAAGUUCGCCCGCAGUGACCACUUAUCCAAACACACCAAGGUCCACCGCAGCUCCAGGCCCAGUCGGAUUAUCAGGGCCACUGUUUAAAACCGUGACAUGGCCUAGACACUGCCACGCGUCCACCUAUCCUGAUCUAGGCCUAGCCAGGGGAUUUUGGGCCUCCCUCAGGAUUUUUGGUGCUUCAUCAGCAGAACGUUCACGAGUCUUGAGAGUUGGCUCCUGUUUUCCCAGAGCAUUUCCUUCCUGUCUCGCCUCCCUGUUGUUUCACUCUUCUUGGCAACCAUUGGCUUGUCUCAAGUUUAAAAAAAAAAAAAAAAAAAACAACAUUGUGGAGUUCUUGGCCUUCACACACAUGACAACAUGUGGCGGAUCUGUCUUUCGGAAGCCCCUUUGCUUGCACUAUUCCUCGUGAUAUCAGGUGCUGCUGGGAAUUGAGCAGCAACAACAAAUGACAGCUUCUGUAACUACGAUCUAGACUUCCCUGUCAAAGUCAAAUCCCAGGGUUCAUGUUUCCAGCUUCCCAGUGUUUUCAUGCUAUCACUACUGGCAUUUGGGUCACAUUCAUGCCAAGUAUUAGUCUUUAAAGGUCUGUGUGAACACAGAUUCAUGAGACAGAACCUUCAUUUAACCCAUUUGAUAGUUCACAAAACUGUUAAACUUCAUGUUGAAAUCUACUUAAUAUAAAGUAC